AUGUGUUCACUCAGCUCUCGUCUCGUCUCUAUCGUUCUCUUCACCGCGGCGACGGUCUUCGGGGACGAUGCGGCGUUCGACCCCCUCCAAUACGUCGACCAGCUGAUCGGAAGCUCAAAUGGCGGCAACGUCUUCCCCGGGGCGACGCUACCUUACGGGAUGGCCAAGGCCGUUGCCGACACCAACUCAUCGAGCAACCAAGGUGGCUUCACACUUGAUGGCAGCCCAGUGUCCGGCUUUUCGGUAUUGCACGACUCCGGUACUGGCGGAUCUCCAUCUCUGGGGAACUUCCCACUAUUCCCCUAUGCCAGCUGCCCCGGUGACGAUAUCGACCGAUGCGAUUUCCCCAAGAAAACUCGCGUCAAUUAUGGAUCAUUCGAUAACAAUAGCGUCACGGCUCGUCCGGGCUUCUUCGGCAUCACUCUGGACUCAGGCAUCGAGGCUGAGAUGACCGCAUCGCAACACACUGCACUUUUUCGCUUUACGUUUCCAAAAGCGUCCGAUGGGAACGUUUCUCAUCCUCUUCUGCUGCAAGAUCUGUCCGACUUGUCCGAUUCCCGCCAGGAUAACGGAACGGUCUCUGUCGAUGCCGAAACUGGCAGAAUCACCGGAAGUGCUCGAUUCGUUUCGAGCUUCAGCCAGGGACAAUACGUCCCCUACUUCUGUACCGACUUCUCAGGUCCUGCGAUCCUCGACAACGGCAUUUUCUCUAACAGUAGGGCUAGUGCCGAUGUUAAGAGCUUGACCAUUUCCAGGUCAAUCAACGGUUACCCACUACCAGGAGGCGCGUUCGUCAGGUUCGAGUCUGCCGACACGCCUGUGCUCGCGCGUGUUGGUAUCAGCUUCAUCAGCUCCGAUCAAGCGUGCUCCAAUGCCGAGGCUGAGAUCCCUGACUACAACUUUAACGAAGUCGAGCAAGCUGCUUCCGAUGCCUGGAAAGAGAAGAUCAGCCCGAUUGUCAUAAACACUGGUGCAGGUGUUGACCCGACGCUGGUGACCAACUUUUACAGCGGCAUCUACCGGACUAUGGUCAACCCGCAGAACUACACUGGCGAGAACCCCCUCUGGAACACCGGGGAGCCGUACUUCGACUCGUUCUACUGUCUGUGGGACAGCUUCCGCUCGCAAAUCCCAUUCUUGACUAUCCUUGAUCCAGAUUCUGUGUCGCAGAUGAUUCGGUCAAUGAUUGAGACGUAUAGACACGAGGGCUGGCUGCCAGAUUGCCGUAUGACCUUCUCCAAGGGCUACACUCAAGGCGGCUCAAAUGCUGAUGUGAUCCUUUCUGAUGGGUUCCAAAAAGGUCUAGUGGAUGGUAUCGAUUGGGACACCGGAUAUCAAGCAGUCGUGAAAGAUGCGGAAGUUGAGCCCUUCGACUGGUCAAGCGAAGGCCGUGGGGGCCUCGACAGCUGGAAAGCCCUCGGAUACAUCCCUGUGCAAGAUUUUGACUACAAGGGAUUUGGUACAAUGACUCGUAGUAUUUCCCGGACUCUCGAGUACAGUUACAAUGACUUCACCAUUUCUCAGAUGGCCAAUCAGUUGAACAAGACAGCUGAUAUGGAGAAAUACCUUGAAACCAGCGAAAACUGGAAGAAUCUGUAUAAGCCAGAUCAGACAUCCAGCCUUGACACCGGGGUUGACACUGGGUACGUCGGCUUUUUCCAGCCGCGGUUCGUGAACCAGACCUGGGAUUUCCAGGACCCCCUUUGGUGCAGCAACAUCGACAACUCUGGUACGUCAUGCUCGCUCCAAAAUACAGCGCAUGAGACCUUCGAGAGCAGCAUCUGGGAGUACGGCUUCUUCGUUCCCCACAACCAGGGAGACCUCAUCAGCCUUUACGGCGGUCCGGCCCAGUUCACUCGCCGCCUCGACUACUUGCACGAUACGAACAUCACUUACAUCGGGAACGAGCCAGCAUUCCUAACAGUAUUCCAAUACCACUACGCUGGACGACCCGCAUUGUCGGCUCUGCGCAGCCAUUUCUACAUCCCCCGAUACUUCUCGCCAACGCCAGACGGGCUCCCCGGCAACGACGACAGCGGCGCGAUGGGGUCCUUCGUGGCAUUCUCAAUGAUGGGCCUCUUCCCCAACCCCGGACAGGACGUGUACCUCAUCACACCCCCGUACUUCGAGAGUGUCAACAUCACGAGCCCCGUCACGGGCAAGACGGCGACGGUCCGGAACGUCAACUACGACCCCACGUACCAGGCGAUCUACAUCCAGAGCGCGACUCUGGACGGGGAGCCGUACACCAAGAACUGGAUCGACCACAGCUUCUUCACCGAGGGAAAAGAGCUGGUCCUCACGCUGGGGCGGAACGAGAGCAUCUGGGGCACCGCGGUGAAGGACCUGCCUCCGAGCUUGGGCGACUAUGUCGGAUUUAACGGGACCUUCUCUCCCAAGCGGAGCUCUGGGGCAGGGGUGAGAUAUCCUCUGGAGUUUGCGACGGCUGGGCUGAGCUUGUAG